AUGUUGUUCCAAUAUCUCUUGUGGGCUGUUUUCGCUGCAAUCGGGCUGGUAAAUGCUGCCUCCACGCCCAACGAGAAGACUUACGAGCCAAAUCCGCCUGUUACACACCGUGUCUUCUUUACUAUCGAAUACACGGAUAAAGACACCAAUGAGGUGAAUGAUUUGGACCUCACAAUUGAAUUGUAUGGUACUGUGGUGCCAAAAACUGUGGAUAACUUUGCCAAGCUCUCCAAAGGAGUCACGGCUGUGAUGAAGGGCAAGGACGAAGUGAACGAUCGGUUCACUCUGGGAUUUAAGGACACACUUUUCCAUCGCAUCGUGCCAGACUUCAUCGUCCAAGGUGGUGACGUUUUGCCCACGGUGGGACCUUUCAACAUCCACGGUGGGGCUUAUUUCGCAGACGAAAACUUUGUGCUAAACCACGACAGACCCGGUAGACUGUCGAUGGCCAACCUUGACAAACCUGACAGCAACGCGUCUCAAUUUUUCAUUGUCACCUCUAUGGAUCCUCCUACGCAUUUGGACGGGAAGCACGUUGUUUUUGGCCAAGUUGUUGGUGGACUGGAUGAGCUCAUGAACAAAGUGCAAUACGUGGAGGUCGAUAACAAUCACAGACCUGUGCACGACGUUAAGCUUAAGUACUCAUUCAUGGAGGAACUAAAAAUUACUACGUCAGAAGAAUUGCACAAGCAAUGGUUGAACAAAGUUCAGAAGUAUCAAAACGGAGACCUCUCACAAGGCGUCACCAUGGCUGCUACCAAGGCCAUUGGCCAAAAGGAGGAAGCUAUCAUGAAGGAAGAGAUCUACCAACAAUUGCACCAUCCUGCCGUUAAAGUGGCUCUGGGAAUGUCGGUUCUUCUCAUCCUGUACCUAAUUGUCAGAACCAGGAGCCGUAAAAGCUCCAAAAUUGUGUCCAUGAGACACGACUAA